GUGGGUCUGUGUAUGUGGAUGGUUUCUAAAGUGGAGACAUCUUUCGAACAACAGUAAUCAACAACCAUGAUGCAAGCGGAGGACACAGAAAGUCUUUCGUGGAUCAGUGAUAAGCCACCAACGACAGAUGGAACGCUUGCAACACAGCCACCGGAUGUGGUGUCCGGACCGUUCACCUCACUUCCCCUCGAUAUGACCGACACCGACGAUAUAGACGAUCGACGAUCUCCGGCAAUGAAUGGUCCCACCGACAGCAACAUCAUCGGCGGCAGCAAGAAGGAACGCAGUUUCCUGCUGAUGGACGAACAGGAACGGAUAUGUGUACGAUCGGCGGAACAAUUCUGCAAGCGGUUGUCCGUAUCACCCGACGCGAAGCUAAAAGUCGUCUCCAUCUUUGGCAACACGGGCGAUGGGAAAUCGCACACGAUGAACCAUGCGCUGUUUGGUGGGCGCGAUGUGUUCAAGACCUCCUCCGAACAGGCAUCCUGCACCAUGGGCAUAUGGGCUGCCUAUCAGCGGCAAAAGAAUGUGCUCGCUCUCGACACCGAGGGUCUGCUCGGCGAGACAGUGAACGAAAAUCGACAGAUGCGCAUGCUGCUGAAAGUGUUGGCCAUUUCGGACAUUAUCAUUUACCGUACGCGAGCCGAACGAUUGCGUACCGAUAUGUACAAAUUUCUCGGCACGGCUUCAAAAGCGUUUACGAAGUAUUUUUCCGGUGCACUGCAGGCGCUCGAUCUGCCCGGUCCUCCGCAGGCGCUCGGGCCGGCUGUAAUAAUCUUUCACGAAACGCACAAUACGGAGGUACUGAAGGAGGAUGACGAUGGCAAGAAAGAGGAGGACAUUUUACGCGAACGGUUUGCAAAACUGCGCCUAGAGCUGAGCGCCUUCAGCUCGUUGCGGUACGUUGGCGUGCGGACAACCAAACCACCGACCAACUACGAACCGUUGCGCAUGGUGUGGGAGAAGGAGAUCCGCAAUACGGCCGUCCGUUCGCCACGGCUGCCGCGCGUCGUGUUCGAAGCAUUGCUGGCACUGAACAACAAGUUCAACGGUGAUCUGAGCCCACUGCCAUUCAAUGCCUUCCCGGAGCAGUACUUUACCUGCACGACGUACUGCAAGUCAUGCGAUGCCCGCUGCCAGCUGUCGAUGGGCCAUCUCGAGCUAAAGGAAGAUCAUCGGUGCGGCGCCAGCUGCAAGUAUCAGCAUCAGCACGAGAACAAGGUGUACCUGUGCAACCGGUGCUACGUUAACGGGCGCCAGGUGGUGGUGAGUAUUAAGACGCAAAAGUCAACGGAUUCGUCGUGGAUGGGAUUGGCGCUGUACGCGUGGAGCGGGUCCGUCAUCGAGUGUCCACACUGUGGGGAAAUUUAUCGCUCCCGGCAACACUGGUACGGCAACAAGUCGCCUGAGCAGAAUGCUGUUCGCACGGAAAUUGUACACGUUUGGAACGAUGGAGGUCUGCAGCUGCAAGGACCAACCCAUUCUGCCCAGCUCGUGCUGGACGGCGUGGCCUACAUCACGGAUGCUAUGGCAAGUGUCGGUUCACAGCCGACGAAGCUUGUAAAAUCGUGGGUAACGGACAAAAUUCGUCCCGCUUACUGGCGACCAGAUAGUGAGAUUAUUCACUGUAAAGGAUGCAUCAGCAACUUUGAGCGGCUCGGUUUGAAGAAGCAUCACUGCCGUAGCUGUGGGGAAGGAUUUUGCAACCAUUGCUCCAAACACGAGAUGCCCGUGCCCAGUCGUGGCUGGAACUAUCCAGUGCGGGUUUGCAAUAGUUGCUGGAAUGAUGGACGUAACGGUGGCACGAUGGGUGCGGAUAGUGCAACAGUGAAUGGUGCAACAGCGAAUGGGAACCACGCAUCAUCCGAUCAACCAAUACGAAACUCAGAUCGUGAAAUUGAUGAGCAAGAGCUUAUUGAUGAUGCUGACCUCCUCGUGACGUCUUCUUCUGCAGGCAAUGGUAUCGACGAAGCGAACAACGUGCUAGUGCGGCGGUACGGUGAAGCCGUCAUUAACACGAUCAGCAACAUUGGAGCCGUGCUGGAAUAUCCGAAAGACUUUAUCAAGGAAUCUGCUCGUCCCUCGUACUGGGUACCGGAUGCUGAGGCACCGAACUGCUACAUCUGCGAGCUGGAGUUUGGUUCACCGGAAGAGCUAAAUACCGUUGCAGGGCUUGGUUCCAAGGUGCCAACAGCUCCACUCCCAUCGUCCGGCACAUCGACACCCCCGGCAGCAUCAUCGCCGGCAAAGCGUAUCGAGAACGGUGGCGUAACACGCACUGCACAAACCACUAAGCGAUCUUCCGCGUCGUAUCGAUCCGUCGAUCGGCGAAGGCAUCACUGCCGGGCGUGUGGGAAUGCGGUAUGUGCCGGCUGCUCGGCCAACCGUCGUCCCGUACCAAAGCGGGGCUGGUUAAGCGAUGUGCGCGUGUGUAACAGUUGCUACACGGCAGAAGAUUAGACCGAACGUUCAUCCCCGGUGUUUCCGA